AUGGCGAUUGGCGAUCAGAAGGGCGAGGAAGAGAUGCAGAAUAACGAAAAUGACACUGUGAAUAUGAAAUGUGAUUUAUCUCAUUACCUGAUAGCUGUAAACAAAACUAAACUUAGCGUAAUUUGUGAAGCGGAAGAUAAGAAGCUAGAGCAGAUGAUGCCAGAGAUGGAGAAGAAAGCACAGCAGCUGGGUGAUGACCAAAUUAUAGCAAUUAAGAAUUCCAUACGCGAACCACCACUGAAACACAAGGAUAAUAAUGAUAAUGUAACGGAAAAGACGGAAUCAGAACAGAAGCUGCAGCAAAGCAGCAGCAGGAUCAAAGAGAAAGAUCAAUAUCAGCUGCAAGCUCGACUGAAAGUUGCAAGCAGCAAUUUCGUACAGUUUGCAGAACUGGUGCGUUUGACGCAGCUGGAAUCGUCCAUUCGCCAACUGGUAUCACCGCGUUGCAUACGGCUAAGGUUGGUAGGCGGUGGGGAAGAUUCCAUUAACAAUGGUACAAGUGCCUGGGGUACGCCUGCUGCUACGAAUAAUCCAACCGGUAGCACCUGGGGACCGAUUGGUGGUGGUGGCGGCUCUGCGCAACAAUCGAAUGCGGCUGUCGGUGCACCCGGAGGUCCGCAGCAGCAAGGUGCGGGUGUGGGUGUACCACCCACCACCGGUGCAUGGGGUGGUGCAGGCCAGCAGAAUGGACCAGGCCCAGGCGGACAGACAUUGAAAAACAACGCACCAUCGGGAAAUCCGAAUAGCGGUGCUCCGGAAGGAAGUGGUAGCAGUGGAGGUAAUGGCGGUAACGGAGGCGCCGGAGGUUCUUGGAAUGGACCGGGAGGAAACGCACAAGCUCCAUCGGCUUCGCAAGGUGUACCAGGUGCGGGAGUAGCAGGCAAUGGAAACAAUGCUGGCGCAGGUCCUCAGCAAGAUCAGCAAGGCGUUGCAGCAGCGGUGUCGCAGCAACAGCAAGUUGGAGCAGCAGCACAAGUUGCUGGGCAGCCGGGACAACCGGACGCAGGAAGUGCUGGUGCAUCUGGAUCUGCAGCGGCAGCUGCUGGCGGUGCAGGCGGUGCCGUGGUGCAGUCGAGCGCCGCCAAAAACCAGCUAGAGCAUUUGAACUCCCUGCGCGAGUCACUGUUCGCCCAGGAUGGAUGGGGCUCGGAGAACGUGGAUCAGGACACACUAUGGGAGGUGCCAUUAUCCCCGGAACCCGGCAGUAAAACGGACCCAAACAGUGCCACCAGUGGUCCGAUGGCAGGCAUUCCCAUGUGGAAGACAAACACGGGUACGGAGCUUUGGGAAGCGAAUCUACGCAACGGUGGGCAGCUGCCGCAACAACAGCCACCCGUCCAAAAGACACCCUGGGGCCCAGCAAACAACUACGGCGGCACCUGGGGCGAGGAUGAUGAAGCCAACGAACCGGCGUCCGGAUGGAACGGAUCGAUGGGUGCAGCAGCUGGUCCGGGUGGGCCAGGUGUUGGCAUGCGCGAUCAGCCUCCGGGACCGCAGCAAUCGCAACAGCUUGCCGGCCAGCAGCAAUCACAGCAACCACCGUGGAACUCAGGUGGAGUGGGUGGAGCUGGAGUGGGAGCUGGUGCCGCCGGUAUGUGGAGCGGUACCGGAGGUGGCGCACCCGGUGGUGUCGGUGCGAUGGCACCAAAUGUAGCGGCCGGACUGAAGAAGGAUAACGAGUGGGGCUCAGGAAUUGGUGCCGGUGCAGGGGCUGCCGGUGGUAGCGGUGCAUGGGGAGCGACUGGAGGCGGUGGUGGUAGUGCCGGUGGUGCCGGUGGUGCAGCAGAUGGUCGCGUUGGCGGUAAUCCGGUAGCAGCUGGAGGUCUCGAUCCUACCGGGCUCGAUAUGCGCAACAUACGCAUCGCCAGCGCUAUGGACAGUAACCGCGAGAUCCGUGGUGACCCGCGCGGCAUAUCUGGCCGGCUGAACGGAAACGUUGGUCUAUGGGAUCAGCACCAGAUGUCGAGCAUGCAGCAGAAGAUGCCACCGACGGCCACCACACCGGGAACACCGACCGGUGGCGUGGGUGGACAGGGCGGCAGUAAUCAGUGGCCUUCGAAUAAUCCGCUCGGCUCGGUUAAUAAUGGUGUGGCUGGUGGGGUUGGUGGCGGCGCCAAGCUGAUUGCCGGCUCGGGAUGGGACGAUCCAAAUGCGGGUGGUGGACCACCGGUGGUUGGAGGCGUGCGUCGCAACAACAUGGAUGACGGUACUGCCCUAUGGGGUCAGAAUGCGCUCAACAGACAAAAUUCCGGCAACGUAUCGGGCUGGAAUGAUAACAGUGGCGGUGGUCUUGGUGGUCCACCGGGUGCGGACGGUGGCAUGGGUCGCAAUCUGAUGCACCGGAAUGCGAUGGUCGGUGGUGGUGGUAACCUGCCCGGCAACGGUGGACUGGUUGGUCGUGGCGUCGGACCGGGCGGCCCAAUGAAACCGGACAGCCUGUGGGGUCAGAACCCGGCAGCCGCACUCGGAGCUGGACCGCGUGGUGGAGCGGGCAACUGGGGCGCGGAUGAUGUACCGUCCGGAGCGGGAGGAAACAAUUGGGGAGACGAAAAACCGCCUGGUGGUGGAAUGGGCGGAAAUUCCCUGUGGAACGACGGUAACAAUUGGAACAACAAAGGAAAAAUGUCCUCCGGAGGUGGUGGCGGCGGUGGCAGUGGGUGGAACGAUGGUGCUCCCGGUGGUGCUAAUAGUGGCCCGGGUGGAAUGGAUAUGGGCAACUCGGACUGGGGAAUGCCACCGCAGAGCAAAUUACCCCCGAACGGUAACAAAAUGAAUACGCUCGAGAUCAUACGGUGCAGCAAGCCCUAUCGGCAGUUGUGCGAUAUGGGUUUCAAAAAGGAAGACGUGGAGAGUGUUCUGCGUAUGACGAACAUGAACGUGGAGGAAUCGUUGGAGUUUCUGCAUCGCAGCAGCGGUGGCGGCGGCGGUGGUUCGGAUUGGUCCCGGCGUCCGGAUGGUGGUCACGGUGGAUUCGGCGCGGGUGAUCAGUUUGUGGGCGGCGGUGGCGUAAGCGGGCGUUUUGCUGCAGCUGCGGCCGGUGUUGGUCCCAUGGCGUUCCCACAGAACAAUCAGAAUCUUGGUGGUGGCGUUUUCGGGGGCGGAAAUGGAUCUGCAGCCGGUGGCGGUUCCUUCAACAGCAUGAAGUUUGGUGGUGGCGCCGGUCAUGGGGGUGCUGGUGGUAACGGCGGUGGUCCCGUUGGUGGUGGUGGUCCUCCAGGUGCAGGUGCAGGAGUGUUUGGAGGGCAACAACAGCAGCAGCAGCAGCAACAACCGGGAGCACUCGGCAGCGGUGGUGGUGGCGGUGGAUUGAAUCAGUCGAAUGCACAAUCGCAACAAAUAUCGAACCACCAUUUGCGCCUGUUGGUUCAACAAAUACAGCUGGCCGUCCAGAACGGGUACCUGGAGAAUCAGAUUCUCAACCAACCGUUAGCGCCUCAGACGCUGAUGCUUCUUAAUCAGUUGCUGACUCACAUUAAGCAAUUGAAUGUUAUGCAAAACAAUCUGAGUCGUACCGGUGGCGGUGGUGGUGUGAACGCCGUACAAAUGUCCAUUGCCAUUAACAAGCUGAAGUCACAGAUAGCGAGCUUGCAGAAUCAAAUCAACAUGCAGCAGGCAAAUUAUUUGAAGCAACAGCAGCAACAGCAACAACAUCAGCAACACCAACAGCAACCGCCUCAUCCGGGCAGUCUGAAUGCGGCCAAUGUGAACGUGUCAGCGAUUGCAGCCGGUGGUGGCGGUAAUCAUCCCGGCACCGAUCUCUUCCGCGGACCGUCCGAUCUAACCGGGCUACCGGGUAGCUUCGCCGAGAUGGCACUGAAAGAGAGCGGCGGUGUGCCAUUCCCAUCCAGCGGUAAUACUAGUCAACAGUCGCGGUUGCAGAAAUGGAAACUUCCGCCGAAUAGCGCCUCUGCCGGCGGUCUCGACAAGGAUGCUUCGGAUCUGACAGAUUUUGUCCGCGCGCCAGGUGCAAGCUCCAAAUCUGGUCCGUCCGGAUCGGGCAUCGAUGACGGAACUUGGUCGAACGGGCGUAACAAUCUAGGGGAUGGUUGGCCGGACUCGAGCUCACAGGACAACAAGGAUUGGCCCGGAGGUAACGAUGCGUUCAGUGAUCUGGUGCCCGAAUUCGAACCUGGUAAACCAUGGAAGGGCACACAAGCGACGCGAAUUGAGGAUGAUCCAACAAUAACACCGGGUAGUGUUGCACGCAAUCCGCUAUCGAUUGCUGCCGCCAAGGAGUCGAAUCUGUUCGGUGGUGGUUCUGGUAGUGGCGCAAACAACAGUAAAUCAUCACCAACUGAAUCUCCCUGGAGCUUCAAUCCAUCCAGUGGUAGCGUACAGGGCGGCAAUUAUGGCGGCAAGGUGCAGAAGAACCCUUGGCAAGACCCAAACACACCGACCAUGCCUCCGGCGGACUUGUGGGAAACGCCGCUCGGUGGUGGUGGAAACGGUGCUAAAGCACGCGGUGUCGGUAUGAUGGGAGGCAUUGGUAAAGCAGGCGCCGGCGGUAAGAUGGAUACGAACGGUUGGAAUACACCGAGCACCCAAGCCAGUGGCAGCAAUACGUGGAACAGUGGCGGACCAUCAGCUAACUCGUGGUCAUCGACAUGGAUUAUGCUCAAAAAUCUUACCGCACAAAUUGAGGGCUCAACUUUGCGCACAUUGUGCUUGCAGCACGGUCCGGUCAUAAAUUUCCAACUCUUCUUGAACCACGGUAUUGCACUGUGCAAAUAUGGCACCCGAGAGGAGGCGCAGAAAGCUCAGCUGGCACUCAACAACUGUCAGUUGGGCAACACGACCAUCUGUGCGGAAAUACCCAACGAAAGUGACAUACAGUACAUCCUGCCCCAUCUCGUAGGUACCAGCAAUGGUAUGGCGAACGGACUGACCGGUGGCGGUGGACAGAAUUGGCGCCUCAGUGCUGCAGCACAAUCACAACCCAUGGUUGGACGUUCCAAUUCCGUCGUUCAGGAUACGUGGAGCUCGAACUCUUGGGGCACGGGCAACACUAGCUCUAACCUGUGGAACACGCUUGACGGUGGUCCCGGUGAUCGGGGCACACAGGCAAGCCUGAAUUCGCUGCUUCCGGAGAGCUUGCUCGGGACGGAAUUGAACUGA